AUGCGACCCACCCAGCUCUUACUAUCGGGUCGCUCCGCAUGGAAGGGACCGUACUUCGUUGCGUUUCCUAACCUCCGCGAGGCCCUGGAGAACCACGUCCCAAUCCAAACCAAAGCACGCGCGUGCACUAUCUUGCCCACCUUUGUCGGCAUUCGAUUCCUUGUUCACAACGGCCGCGACUAUGUACCGGUAAUGGUCACUCAAGACAUGGUGGGUCACAAAUUGGGGGAGUUUUCGCCAACGAAGAAGCGAUUUAAGUUUGGGAAAAAAUAG